AUGGCCGCCGGGGCCAAGGAGCUGCUCAUCGUGCUGCAGCUCGGCAUGAUCAUCGCCGACCUGGCGUUCAACCUCGCCGACAAUUUGCUGCAUGCUGACAAUAUGGCGCUGCUGAUGAUUUAUAUACUUCAAGGCACAAAUCUGGUGCUUUCCGUAAUUGUUCUCGUCAUCUCCUUCAGCUCCACCUUCGUUUUCCAGGCUGGCCUCAUCUCAUUACUGCUAAAACAAUUCUCGCCAACCCUGAUAAUAGCCGUGUUAUAUUUAGUACUAUCCGUCACACUUCAUUUCUUCAGUUUGAGGAUGCGCUGGAAAAGCCCGGAUAGCCUGCCGUGGGCUUCACCUUGGCUCGCAGGGCUGUACGUGAUACAAAGAUUAGCGGCAGUGUUCUACUAUUCGAGCUACAAAAAGACGGCCUUCCUCCUCUCCGAUCCGCGCUUCCAUUCCGACAACAAGUGGCUGCGGGAGCAGAUCAGGACCCGA